AUGGAUCCAGGAGACGGAAUCGCAUUGACAUUCUGUGUCAUUUUCAUCUUGAUCCUAAUCGUAACGUGGUUGAGCCGCAAGAGCCUGAUGAACUUCAUCGUCGCCGUCCUCAGCCGCCAGCAAGAGCGAGAGCUCGAACAGCACAAUGAGGAUAUAGAGAUUGGAACCGUCACGGAGGAAGAAAAGACGAAGCGCGUGGCGGGCGUAUUCUCCAGUGUCGCUGAGUCGUAUGACAAGAUGAACGAUCUCAUGUCUUUCGGCUGGCAUAGGGUGUGGAAAGACCAAUUCGUCUCCGGCCUCUCCGCAGGCCUCGUGCCAACAACACCCUCCUCCGACCUCCGCCUCCUCGACAUCGCCGGCGGCACAGGCGACAUAGCCUUCCGCCUCCUCCGCCACGCCAUCGACAUCCACAACCACCCCUCCGUACACCUGACCAUCUCCGACAUCAACCCCUCCAUGCUGGCCGUUGGCCGCUCCCGCUCCGAAUCCCUCCCCAUCUCCCACCAGGCCGCACUCUCCUUCCUCGUCGCCGACGCUACCCAGCUGCCCGCUUCCAUCCCGGAUAACUCGGUCGAUCUGUACACCGUCGCCUUUGGUAUUCGUAACUUUACGGAUAUCCCUGCCGCGUUGAGGGAGGCGCACCGCGUUCUCCGCCCCGGCGGUGUCUUCGCUUGUCUUGAGUUUAGCGCCGUGCAGGGCAACCCUAUCCUUGAUGCCCUGUACAAGCGCUGGUCGUUUAGCGCUAUUCCUUUGAUCGGCCAAGUCGUUGCUGGCGAUAGGGAUAGCUACCAGUACCUCGUUGAGAGCAUUGAGCGGUUCCCUAAGCAGGAGGAAUUCCGUGAUAUGAUUGUCGAUGCGGGCUUUGCUGUUUCGGGUGACGGCUAUGAGAACUUGACGAAUGGCAUUGCCGCCAUUCACAAGGGUAUCAAGCCUGUCGUGUAA